AUGAUGAAUUGUGGAUUUAUACUGUUCUUUUCAACCCAACUCCUCUUUGUGGCUUCAUUGACUCAAAGUUGUAAGUGUGGACUCUUGAAAUAUAAUAUUUCCUAACAUUAGUCUUGUAAAAAAAAUCCUUAAUUUGCACGAUUUGUCAUCACAACUCACCUGUUUUCGGAUCGUCUACAGAGGUGCAUCUAGGCUACAGUAGGCCUCAGGGUUUUGCUGGGCGCAUCUGUAGCUCUGUAGUCAAAAUCAAUUGGAAGUCAGCCUAUCCAAAACGGGAGAGUUGAUUAUUUAUUUAAAGGUGUCGUUCGCUCAACAGCGGAGAGAGGGAAUACAUUAAUCAAUUACUUUCGUUCUUGCGAAGGUGUUCGUUGUCCUUUAUUGUUUAUUGUGUGGGUACGUGUGGGCUCUUUUGCGAGCAUCUCUUCAUAUUUGAUAUGUUAUUUACUAUUCAUGUAGUAAAAAAUAAGCAUAUGAAAAUGACAAAGUAGCCUGAUUCGUAUUACAUGCUUCACUACUAGUUUUGAAACAAGCACACUGGUAAAUGUGUGUUUUAACAUCUUCCGCUGGUUAAUUAUUUCCAUUUAGGAUCGACUGAGGGUUAUCAAUAUUUUUUAUGAAUGAUCACACAUCGUUUUUUUAGAGGGGAGCCUAUAGGCCUACACAUCACCCUACUGUUUUUAUUUUGUAUUUUUAAAAAAUGUAUGUGUAAUUUCCCUGUCGAAUAAUUCUCUCUAUCUGUUUUUGUUUGCAGAUAAAUGUGGAGAUAACAUUGAGAUAACCAGUGCAGAUUAUCUCACCUCUCCUGGCUAUCCGAAUUCAUACCCUCCAUCACAACAAUGUAUGUGGGUGAUAUCGGCCCCAGACCCGGGACAGAAGAUACUCAUUAACUUUAACCCUCAUUUUGAUCUGGAGGACAGAGACUGC